GAAAUGGUUGGAAUUCUGGACACUGAUGACAAGUUAGUGCAGUUCACCAAGUCGCGGGUUUUGAUUGAGCCAAGCAGCCGCAGUGUUCCAUACAAUCUGGAGGAGAAGAACUGGAUGGACAACUCUGUAAACCAAGUUGCCUCCACGAUCCAUUCACUCUUAGGCCAAAUGAAAAACGGGUUCUUUGUCGAGUGCGGAGUGUGGGACGGUGAAAAACAAUCAAACUCUCUGAUGCUGGAGAAAUACUACAACUGGACUGGCUUGCUGGUGGAAGGGUCGCCAACCGAGUCAAAAAAGAUCUUGACCAAAAAUCGAAAAGCGUGGGUGGCUCCAGUGUGCAUGAGCACUAAUAACACUUCCAUGAUUGUUUCCUUUCUGGACAACAAGUUCGCUGGACGAAUCUAUGGUCCGCAGGGGAUGAAGAAGUCGGACGUUGUUACGCAACUCUGCAUUCCCUUCAACACCCUGAUGCUUGCCCUGAACCAAACAACAAUCGACUAUUUCAGUCUGGACGUUGAGGGAGACGAAUUGGAAAUAUUGAGCACCAUCGAUUUUGAACGCUUCUUCAUCAGGACGAUGACAGUUGAGCACACACUGUCGACGAAUAAGCUGGUUGAUAUAAUUAAAUUGAUGGAAAGAAACGGGUUUAAAUUGGAAUCGACAUAUGAUCUGGAUUUUAUUUUUGUUAAUAAGAAAAAUAAUACAAUGAAAGAUUAA